AUGGGCAGGGAGCAACGGAGUGGUAACGCUCUACAGCAAUACGCUACACCGAGGAGAGGCGCACCGUACCAGCACAGCCGUCCCCUCGUCGUUGUAAAUGAUCACAGCACGUCAGUGGCACCGGUGGAAAGCGGCGGUGGCAGCGGCAGCGGUCGUGGCCCCAGGCGCCUGACGUUCAACAACUUCGCGACAUUCAACGCGCGAGAGAAGAAAUUUCCACCAGACGCGAACGCUCAGGCAGCGCUGAAGACAAAACUCUGGCAGCUGUCUGAGCGAGCGUCCUUUUACUGCAACAAAUGCCGUCGGGACAACAUCAUCUCCGACUCCAUCGCUGUGGACACGGUGCAUCAGGUGAUGCUCUGCACACGGUGCUUCACUCGCAUUAUACGUCCGCGCUCCUACCGCCCCAGCCGUGUCGUGCCUUUUCCAUCGCUUCUCUCUUGGCUUAGUUACAAGCCGUCGAAGGUGAUGGAGAUGUCGGAUGACAUUUCCAGUCGCCCCGCUGAGGCGGUGGCGCCUUCAGGUGAGCGCACCGCCGCCCCAAUGCUCGGCGGUGGCGAUCGGCCCACGCACAUCCAGAACCUCCCCGCUAUAGCAAUGAACACGGUGCCGUCUGCCCGUGGUGGCGCGGUACUGCCAGGCAGAGGCCCGGAAGCGGCGGCGGCAGCACAGUGGAAGGAGGAGACACACCCGUGUUGUCGCGUGUGGGGGACGUGCUUGCACGGCGAGACAUGCCUGUUUCGCGGUGCGCCGUACGACCUGUGUAUAUGCUUCCUAAUGGGUCUCUGCCCCGGUAACGCGGAGAAGUGCCGGCUUCUACACCAGCACGUGUUUGAUCUUCCAAAUACGGCAGAGCCAAUGCCGACAGUGCGGCAUGCGGGAAGUCUUGACGACCCACAGAGCGCGUGGGGCAAGUGGAUUUCGAAGAAGAAGAAUAGCCCGAACUCGGCUGAGUGGCAGCUAUGGAACAAUGGUCCAGUACUGGACCUGCUCAACGUGUACGCCCCCGUCACUCUCAGUGAGGAGGAGGAACGGCAGAACAGCGCGAAAGCUGCGGUCAAGCUGAAUUUUGCGGACAUUUCUGCAGCCCUUCGCGGUCUCCAGCAGUAA